GAGCGCCCCGGCGGGAGAUUUUUCUAUGUGAGUGGAGAAGACAGUUGCUGCAAGUAGAAGUGACACAGUAUUUUUUUAGGAUGUCUGAAGAUGAAGAAAAAGUGAAAUUACGCCGUCUUGAACCAGCUAUCCAGAAAUUCAUUAAGAUAGUAAUCCCAACAGACCUGGAGAGGCUAAGAAAGCACCAGAUAAAUAUUGAGAAGUACCAAAGGUGCAGAAUCUGGGAUAAGUUGCAUGAAGAGCAUAUCAAUGCAGGACGUACAGUUCAGCAACUCCGUUCCAAUAUCCAAGAAAUGGAGAAACUUUGUUUGAAGGUCCGAAAGGAUGACCUAGUACUUCUGAAAAGAAUGAUAGAUCCUGUUAAAGAAGAAGCAUCAGCAGCAAUAGCAGAAUUUCUUCAACUCCAUCUGGAAUCUGUAGAAGAGCUUAAGAAACAAUUUAAUGAUGAAGAAACUUUAUUACAGCCUUCUUUGACCAGAUCCAUGACUGUUGGUGGAACAUUUCACACUGCUGAGGCUGAAGCCGAUCCUCAGAACAUGACUCAGGUAUAUGCGUUGCCUGAAAUUCCUCGAGAUCAAAAUGCUGCAGAAUCAUGGGAAACCUUAGAAGCGGACUUAAUUGAACUUAGCCAACUGGUCACUGAUUUCUCUCUCCUAGUGAAUUCUCAGCAGGAGAAGAUUGACAGCAUUGAAGACCAUGUCAACAGAGCUGCUGUGAAUGUUGAAGAGGGAACCAAAAACUUGGGGAAGGCUGCAAAAUACAAGCUGGCAGCUCUGCCUGUGGCAGGUGCACUCAUCGGAGGAGUGGUGGGGGGUCCGAUUGGCCUCCUCGCAGGCUUCAAAGUGGCAGGAAUUGCAGCUGCACUUGGUGGUGGGGUGUUGGGCUUCACAGGUGGAAAAUUGAUACAAAGAAAGAAGCAGAAAAUGAUGGAGAAGUUCACUUCCAGCUGUCCAGAUCUUCCCAGCCAAACUGACAAAAAAUGCAGUUAAAAACCAAACUUCAGUGUUAUUGGCACCAAUAUGUCUAUCCUAACGAGGACCUUUGCUACUGUUGGACACUCAGUCAGCUUUUGGAACAUGAUUAUAUCAAGAUAGUGGCUGUAGAUGCUCAAAUGGGAUUGAACUGUGAUAAGUAGAUAUAUCUUUUUGUUUGCUGGAGUGUUAGUGGAGAUGUUAGAGAUUGAGGAGCCUGGGCUGAGGGUGUGUAAUGUUGUCAGGUAAAGUUUAAAGACUGCCAAGGAGCAGAUUUUUUUGCCUGGAAAUGUGAAAAAUGAAUUUAUAACUUUGAUAAGGACUUGAGAUGUAUGGACAUGAUGGAUUAUAGAAGACUAGUCUAUUCCAUAACCCUGACUUGGAGACCCUAAGGCUAAGUAUAUUCUAAAUAUGCUUAUUUAUCUCCUAAAUAUAGGAGGUUAUUUAGGCCUGUUAACAAAGAAAAGAAUGGGGAGUUCUGGAGCCUUUCUUAUCAAAUAAGGAAAUCAGGAUCUAGUAAGGGGCGCAGGUGAACUACACAUAAUGGAGUCCAUUUGGUGAACCUUAUUAUACAGUUUGGUCCAUCUGUAUUUUCUGGUGAACGACACUAAUAGUGUAAGAAAAUGG